CACAGCGCGUCUCUGCCCUCUUUAGUGUGAAAACAGGAGAGAAGAUGUGCGAUGGUGCAUAGACUCGUAGUACUAAUAGUGAAUCCAGUUGUUCCAAACACACCAAAUCCGCCGUAGUACUGAUUCGGAUUCGUAGCUGUCGCACAAGUUGUCAUAAAGGGCAAACACUGAAAUGGAAAUAAUUUGAAAUAUUACCACAUUAUGAAUUGAAGCGUGCGCCUUGUCAUACUCAUAAACAUAAUAUCAAUAAGCUUCGGUUGCGUACUGGAACAACUACAACAUGAAGUUCGGUGGCGUACUGCAAGAAUGAGAAGGACUCGCAUCUGUUGCCUACACGUGAAAAUACAUUCCAGCACUCGGUUGGUCGUUCGUUCAUCUUAUCGUCCUCUCACCACUCGUGCAAAAAUAUUAGUUCCGUCUCGUACAACUCGGUCUCGUGCGCCUGAUAUUGAGGCUGAAGCCAAAUUCUGUUUCUGACUUGAUAGCUAAAAAAUGCGUGCGCGCGGCCGCGCCGGCUCCUUCGUUCCAAUGCAUUGAUCUUCAUCUUUCCCACCACGUGGUGUUACAGCUACUUCAUCUCACCAGUCUUCGUAGACUAAUUUUGUGCUGUAUCCCGGCAACAAAAAUUGUCUCCUGCCUGUGCUUAAGCUUCAGCAAAGCUUCUUCUUCACAAACUGAACUUUCUAAUAGUGCAAUUUUACUAUCACUCCUCCUCAAGGAAGUUCCCAGUACAAUCUCUAUCACCACUUACAAAAAGUCCACCAAAUCAGGGGCUGUAUUGUUACUUCUCGAGUAGAGUAAGAUACAACCUGCUUCGAUUUUUCGGUUUGGACUUUUUCGAGUGCAGCGCUGUUGAAUUCCACUCGGAGUUCAAGAAGGCACUGCAUCACUGGUUUAUGCAGUUUUAGAUGGCUUGCGGUUGCUUUGGCGGUAAAUCCGAUCUUGUUAAAAUGGCUGAAUUGCAGGGGUUCCUGAAGUCCGUCUCGCUCUUCCGGCAUUUGCCGGACAGCGAGCACAGCACGAUUGCGCGCGAGAUGCACCGGGUCAAGUACAAGAAGGGCGACAUCAUUUUCAAGCAGGGUGACCAGGGCGACGCGUUUUACAUCGUGGCGCAGGGUGCGGCGAGCGUCCUCGUCCGCCCGUCCGCGUUCAUCAAGGUGAACGACUACGUCACGCUCGCGACGGAGCUGAUCUUCUCCGGCAAGACCGUGCCGCCGGGCACUGUCGCCCGGGUCGACAAGUAUGACGCCAACCGGGACUACCCCUACACCAUCCGGCUGCAGGGGCAGAAGUGGGAUGGCCAGCGCGGACGCGUCAUGCCGGACGAGAUCGAGCUGCACCAGGGAAACCCGGAGCCGGUCCACGUCGCGACGCUGAAAGCGGGUACUAUUUUUUGGAUACUUGCUCAUGCUCAUUUUUCUACUAGUACUGACUGUAGUGCGACCGAAGUAUAAAGUUGUUAUUGUAUCUGCAAAAUCUGACGUGGCAAAGUGGCCUCCAGACGCAACAAGUAGAACAUUCAUUAUCGACUCGUCAGAUGGCCUUGUACCAUACGGCGCAUAGUUGUACUACAAUUUUUCCAAUACCAAAUGAAAUUACCCUUUGGAGGACGAACCCCCACAUCACUAUCAACACCAGGUGAUUAUUUCGGCGAGCAGUCUCUCCUGAAGGGCAAACCGCGCAAUGCGACGAUCAAGGCAGCGGAGGACUUGGAAUGCGCCGUGAUCGACUCCCGGGUGUUCUCCAAGCUCGACCUCGGCUCGAAACUCCAGUUCGCCAAGCGAAAGGCCCUGCAGGCGCACGACGGGGAGAAGAAGUCGGGGGACACCACGAAGUCCGAGGAGGAGAUGAAGUUGGUCUUGAAUGGUAUCCUCGCCAACACGAAAUUGACGGAAAUCGUCUCGCUCGACGAGCAGCACCUGGACGCCAUGGUCGCCGCCGCCUACCGGCAGAAGUUUGAACCAGGUAGAGUUUGAUGUGGAUGCGUUUUAAUAUUGCGGUUUCAUCUUCAUGCAUAUGGAAUUUAAGUUAACCGAGGCGUGUAGUCGUUAUCGUUAACGUUUUUUUCCCUAUUAAGCACCGCGAGCACUAGUACCGUCGGUGAAUGAGAAGAAUCCUGGGCGGAUCUUUACAAAAUCCUAAACCCUUCCUAUCUUCCCCUACUCCAUCCAGGUGACGUCGUGAUCAAGCAGGGAGACAUUCAGGCCGAGGAAUUCUACGUGAUUGCCUCCGGUAAGUUCGAUGUUUCCGUGGCGGACCAGCACACCACCGACCACAAGAUCCACGCCGCGGAGAACGUCGCCACCUUGUCCUCCGGCCAGUCGUUUGGCGAGCUCGCCCUGCUGUACCAGGCCCCGCGCGCCGCCACGAUCACCUGCAAGACCGCGGGGACCUUGUUCGCGAUUGACCGGUUCACCUUCAAAGACACGCUGCGCAAGGCGAACGAGAACCGCCACCUCGGGUACGUGAAAAUUCUCGAUUCCAUCCACCUGUUCGACUGCCUGCUCGCGGACGAGAAGGAGGCCAUGGCCUCCUGCCUGGUCGAAACCCACUACAUCAUGGGCGAGACCAUCAUCAAGGAGGGGGAGGAGGGGGACGCGUUUUACAUCCUGAAGCAGGGGCAGAUUGCGUUCACGAAGAAGGACGAGAAAGGCCAGGAGAAGGUGGUGUCCCACAUGGACAGCACGAAGCCGGGCAAGGGCUGCUACUUCGGCGAGCGGUCCCUUCUGAAGGCGGAAAAACGCGCCGCCACGGUGCGGGUCACGUCCCAGGAAGCCGUGGCGCUUGCGCUGUCGAAAGAGCGGUUUGAGGAUAUGGUCGGCCCGCUGGCGGACCUGAUCAAGGCGCAGGAGGCGGGGCAGCAGCGCACGGCGAAGGUCGCGGCCGCGGGCGCGGCCUCCCCGGGGCAGCAGCGCGACAUGAAGACGAUCAAGCAGUCCGACCUGAAGCGGUUGGCGCUGCUCGGCUGCGGGGGGUUCGGGGCGGUGACCCUGGAGCAGCACAAGACCACCGGGGACACCUACGCGCUGAAGCGGCUUUCGAAAGGCCACAUUGUCAAGACGAAGAUGCAAGCCGGGACCAUGCGCGAAAAGAACAUCCUGGCCAUGUGCGAUUCCGCGUUCGUGAUCCGUCUGUUCGCCACCUUCAAGGACGACCAGUACCUGUUUUUCGUCCUGGAACCGGCCCUCGGCGGGGAGCUGUACGCGACCUACCAUAAAUACCGUUUUCACGGGGACGUGAAGAAAGCGAAAUUUUACGCCGCGACGGUCGUGUUUUGCUUCGAGCACCUGCACGAGCGCAACAUUCUGUACCGGGAUCUGAAGCCGGAAAACCUGCUGUUGGACGGCCGGGGGAUGUGCAAGAUCACGGACAUGGGGCUGGCCAAGGUGGUCACCGGAAAAACCUUCACCACCUGCGGAACCCCGGAUUACUUCGCGCCCGAAGUGGUGCAGCAGGCGGGCAUGGGACGCGGCGUCGACUGGUGGACCCUCGGCAUUUUGAUCCACGAACUCAUGUCCGGCCACGCGCCGUUUGAAGCAAACGACCCGAUGGAGACCUACCAGAAAAUCGUCCGCGGCGUGUCCCGGGUCCGCUUCGUGUACCGUGACGCGGACGCGGUGGACCUGGUCAAGAACAUGCUGAAGCACCAGCCGGCCGAGCGACUCCCGAUGCGGGUGGGGGGCACGAAAAACGUCAAGCAGCACCCCUGGUUCUCCGACUUUGACUGGGAUGCCUGCUACACCCAGAAAAUGACGGCACCCUACAAGCCCAUCGUGAAAUCCCCCACAGACGCCUCCAACUUCCGCGCCAGCGAGUCAGAUUUGCCACCAAGUAUCAACUAUGUGGACGACGGAACGGGCUGGGACGCCGAUUUCUAACGAUCUACUAAGAUCAUUUUGGGUCAUUUGAUUGAUUUAUUCAUAGGGCUGUUUUACUUAUUUCAUUUCCUAGAAGAACUCUACGUCUACAAUAAUUACCAAGAUGUGUUUUAUUUCGUUUUCGUUUAUAUGACUUUUCAACUUCGUAAUUUUAGGAUUUAUUUCAUUACAUAACGCGCACAGAUUUUC